CGUUACACCUUGGUCCAGCCUUCGCAGAAACAUUGUUUGAGUGUGUAGCAUUAAAAACAAAGAAAACUGCGUAAAAGAGUUACGAAGUGUGAAAAAGUCCGUUUUGCUGUGUUUUCUACGUGCCAGUCGUGAACAGAAAAGUGUUUUCCCGUUCUACAUAGUCCUUUGCUUUGCAUUAACGUACCACAGCUCGCAACAUACGAUGCUCGAUCUCGAAGUUACUCCAGAGCGUUCGCUCGGUUCGACCACCGAGAAUUGGGAAUUUGUUCUCGGGAUGCAUUUUUCUCAAGCAGUUGCCAUCAUACAGUCUCAAGUAGGAAUUAUAAAGGGUGUACAGGUGCUUUAUUCCGAUACGAAUCCGCUCAACGUAGACAUAGUCAUAAACAUGCCCCAGGAUGGUAUCCGCCUCAUAUUCGACCCGGUGCAGCAGCGGUUGAAGACGAUCGAAGUGUUUAACAUGCAGCUGGUCAAGCUAAAGUACUGCUCCAUGCCGUUCAACUCGCCCGAGGUUGUGCCAUCGAUUGAAGAGAUCGAACAUUCGUUCGGUGCCACGCACCCGGGCGUGUACGAUGCCGCCAAGCAGCUGUUUGCGUUGCACUUCCGGGGCCUCAGCUUCUACUUCCCGGUCGACAGCAAGCUGCAGCCCGGCUACGCGCACGGGCUCGGUUCGCUUCACUUUCCCAGCGGUGCCUCACCGGUCGUUUCCAAAAUGGCCAUCUAUUCGGGCGUCAAUGUGAUCGAUAGCCGGCCGCCGCCCCUCCCGCUUUCCUGCUACCACCAGCAGCUGUACCUGGAGGCGGCCACCGUGCUACGCAGCAGUGCGCACGGUACGCGAGGGUUGCGGUUGCAGCUGUACACGGAAGGAUCGAUCCGCACGCUGGAACCGAGAAAGCAGUGCCUAACGCGCGAAAUUUUGUUCGGCGACAGCUGCCAGGACGUGGCGAGCAAUCUCGGCGCACCGUCGAGGGUGUUUUUCAAGAGUGAAGACAAAAUGAAAAUCCAUUCCCCGAGCGCCCACCGACGUGUUCAAUCGAAACGGAGUGACUUCUUCUUCAACUACUUCACGCUCGGCAUCGACGUGCUGUUCGAUGCGCGCACGCACAAAACGAAGAAGAUCAUCAUGCAUACGAACUACCCGGGCCAUUACAAUUUCAACAUGUACCAUCGGUGCGAGUUUCAGCUGGAGCUGGCAGCGGACAAGGUCACCGAAGAUGCCCCACUGGAUGCACCGGUUACGAUAACGGCCUACUCCAAGUGGGACACAAUUGCGUCCCGUCUAGCACCGGCCGAGCGGCCCGUCGUGCUGCACCGUGUCGGGUCGACCAAUACGGCGAACGUGUUCGGCUCGACGUUCAGCUACGGGUACCAGGACAUCAUUUUCGAGGUGAUGCCAAACAAUUACAUCGCCUCGGUUACGCUUUACCAGCCGGCAAACCCUUACCAUGUGGCCGACUGGAGUACCAGCACCGCCGUCACCAUCACCACCGGUCACAGUAGUAGCGUCGGAAGCAGCAGCAUAACGGCAGCAGCCAGCAGCAGUAGCACUGGUCGGAACGUGCUGCUCCAGGAUGCCAAGCCAAAUCAGGCCAACAUUCGCAUUACCGCAUGACCGACGACGCCGAAGACGGCCGGUCGGAGCGGUGAAACAACCGGUGGCAACCGGCGGGGGAACUAAACCCUUCUACAAAACAUCGCGGGCGUGGUGUCUGUAAGUUGUUUACCGCGCUCUCUUCACACACACACAAACACACACACACACAUCGGCUUCAGCAUGAUGCAAACAUCACCCCAUCACUCGUCGGUCGUCAUGCAAAUCACCUCUCAUGAACCUGCAGUAUAAAAAGCUCCACGAUUUGGCGGAGCCAAACAGAACACACAAAACAAAUGGAAACUUAAAAGGCGAAUUCAAUCGAAACAAAAAGCACCAAUUGCAUGGGCAUAAUAUUAAAGUAGGAUGUAUUUGAAACCGCCGACCCUUCUUUUCACAUUGGAUCGAAUCGAAUCGGCCAAUCUCCGGUCGGUCGUACGCUAUCAAUCGUUGUGCUGCUCCUCUUCCGUUUUGUGGGGGUUGUUGUUGUUUUUUCGUUAACCUCGGGGCAAAAGAAACUGUAUGUCCGAUUUUGUUUCAUUUUUCACCAAUUUUUUUUUUCGAUUGUUUUCUUUGUUAAUGUCGAUUCUUUUCUUUUCUAAAUACAUAUAACCUACACGUGUAAUGGGUUAGGAUGCAAGAAGAAGUAAUAGGAAGUGUUUCAAACGGUUGCUUCCGUUGCUUGUAUUCAUUUGGCCAGGCGGGAAGAAGGGUCUAGCGGUCGCAUGAAACGUCCGCAUAGGUCGAAAGCGUACGAGCGGAUCUAGUUGGUUACUAAUUCCAAUUUAUUGAAUAGCUUUAAGAGCGUUGAUGCAUAACACAACACAAACAAAUAAACAAAACAAAAAAGUUAAAAAACGGAGAAAAAGAAACAUAAGCUAAGGGUGAUAAAAAAAAGAAGCAUGCAGCUGAAAACGGGAACUCAUCAACACUAAAUGCUACCAAAAAAUGUACGUAAACAGUGUGAAAAUGUUUUCCAGCGCAGUGCAGUGCGAACAGCAGCAGUAAUGGGGACCGUUGGCCACCUAAAGCUGGCCUCAAUGCAGAGUCACGGUGGUCAAUCGUAACGGUCCCGGCACCCUGUUCUACUGCUGCGCUGCUACGGGAAUCAUUCAUUAGAAACGAGAGAGAGAGAGAGAGAGAGAGAGAGAGGGAGAGAGAAAGUGAAAAAAAACACCGAACCGCCGGAAAGCGAUAAUUGUGAUUUAAAAUAUCUUUUUAUGUACGUGUGAAAAGAUACCAUAAAAAUAUUAAAAAAGGAAGAAAGAAAAUAAAAAAUAGAUUUAUUAUAAGUAAGGA